AUGGAACCUGCUACUACCCAACCCAAAACAACAGAACCUGCUACUACCCAACCCCAAACAACAGAACCUGCUUCAACCCAAACCCAAACUGCAGAACUUGGUACUACACAACCCCAAACAACAGGUCCUGCUUCUACACAAAAAGAACCUUCUACUACCCAAGCCCUAACAACACAACCUGCAGCUACACACCGCCAAACAACAGAACCUGCCUCAUCCCAGUCACUUAAAACAGAACCUGCUACAACCCUGGCACUAACAACAGAAUCUGGAAUUAGCCCACCCCAAACAACAGAACCUGCUUCAACCCAAACCCAAACUGCAGAACUUGGUACUACACAACCCCAAACAACAGGUCCUGCUUCUACACAAAAAGAACCUUCAACUACCCAAACCCUAACAACACAACUUGCAGCUACACACCGCCAAACAACAGAACCUGUAACUACCCAACCCCAAACAAUAGAACCUGCUGCUACACAACCCCAAACAAUAGAGCCUGCGGCUACACAACAUGAAACAACAGAACCUGUUACAACCCAGUCCAUAACAAGAGAAGCUACUACAACCCAUCCUAUAACAACAGAACCUUCAACAACCCAACCCCAAAUAACAGAACCUGCUACUACCCAACUCCAAACAACAGAAAUUGCUACUACCCAAACCCAAAUAACCGAACCUGCCUCAUCCCAGUCACUUAAAACAGAACCUGCUUCAACCCAAACCCAAACUGUAGAACUUGGUACUACACAACCCCAAACAACAGGUCCUGCUUCUACACAAAAAGAACCUUCUACUACCCAAGCCCUAACAACACAACCUGCAGCUACACACCGCCAAACAACAGAACCUGCCUCAUCCCAGUCACUUAAAACAGAACCUGCUACAACCCUGGCACUAACAACAGAAUCUGGAAUUAGCCCACCCCAAACAACAGAACCUGCUUCAACCCAAACCCAAACUGCAGAACUUGGUACUACACAACCCCAAACAACAGAACCUGCUUCAACCCAAACCCAAACUGCAGAACUUGGUACUACACAACCCCAAACAACAGGUCCUGCUUCUACACAAAAAGAACCUUCUACUACCCAAGCGCUAACAUCACAACCUGCAGCUACACACCGCCAAACAACAGAACCUGCCUCAUCCCAAUCCAAGAGGAACUCGUCAGACGAGGGCUUCCAGGAAACUUCACACUACGUCUGA